GCAUUUAUACGUCGAUCCACCAUACAAACUUACUUACAUCGACGCGGUCUGCACCUCCUCGUCCUCUCUCUGGGAACAAGAAAGAACCAGAGGAAGGGCAUCUUCGUCUCCUCCGCUCUGCAAGCGAUCUCGCAAUCAAUCAGCCCUCGCCGUCAUACUUAUUUGAUUUUUGAUCUUGUGCAUAUAUAGAUCCUAUUAGCUUUGUUCUCGAACCGUGUUUUUGGUUGCAGGGGCUGCCUUCUAUAUCUAAUUUGUCUCGUUCAAUUGGUUUUUUCUGUUCUAUAUUCCUUUUUUGUGUCGUCUGUUUUCUUGGAUUUCUUCUAAUACCAUGGAUGCAGGAAGCUUUUCUUCUUCCGUAUCUUCGGAGAAGGGCCGAUCGGCAUCUCGUCGAUCCGCUCUUCGGGACGUCCCCUCGAGGCCGUUCUUGCCUUCGAUGCAUACCUCCUCCAGGAAUCCAUCUUCUUGGCAGACUGGAGACAGAUUCAUCCCUGACCGGUCAGCUAUGGACAUGGAUGUGGCGUACUACCUGCUGACGGAGCCAAGGAAAGAAAAGGAGAACGCGGUCGCAGCUUCGCCUUCCAAAGAGGCAUACAGGAAGCUUCUUGCUGAGAACCUUCUAAAGAACAGAACCAGAAUUCUUACCUUCAAGAACAAACCUCCACCACCAUCGCAGCCUUUCUUUCAGGAAGUCGAUGUUUCAUCUCAUCACCUUAAGCCUGCGAAGCAGCGGAGAUACAUUCCCCAAUCAGCGGAGAGGACCUUAGAUGCGCCCGAUAUCGUGGAUGACUACUACUUGAAUUUGAUGGACUGGGGAAGCAGCAAUGUGUUGUCGAUCGCCCUCGGGAACACCGUGUACUUGUGGGACGCUUCAGAUGGGUCGACUUCCGAGCUUAUGACUGUGGAUGACGAUGCUGGCCCUGUCACCAGUGUCAGCUGGGCUCCCGAUGGGCGACACAUCGCGGUUGGCUUGAACUCCUCAGACAUCCAACUAUGGGACUCAAGCUCCAAUCGCUUGAUGAGGACUCUGAGAGGCGUACAUGGAUCGAGAGUUGGUUCUCUGGCGUGGAACAACAACAUUCUGACCACAGGAGGAAUGGACGGCAUGAUCGUUAACAAUGACGUGAGAAUGAGAUCUCAUGUUAUUCAGAGGUAUCGAGGCCACCAACAGGAGGUGUGCGGUCUGAAGUGGUCCGGAUCAGGCCAGCAACUGGCGAGCGGUGGCAACGACAACCUUCUGCACAUAUGGGACGUAUCUAUGGCCUCUUCAAACCCAUCUCCAGGUCAAAACCAGUGGCUCCACAGGUUCGAAGAUCACAUGGCCGCAGUAAAAGCUCUUGCUUGGUGCCCAUUCCAGAGCAAUUUGCUUGCCUCCGGCGGUGGUGGAGGCGACAGAUGCAUCAAGUUCUGGAACACGCACACCGGUGCCUGUCUGAAUUCGGUGGACACAGGAUCUCAAGUUUGCGCCCUGCUGUGGAACAAGAACGAGCGCGAGUUGCUCAGCUCUCACGGGUUCACUCAGAAUCAACUCACCUUGUGGAAGUACCCUUCCAUGGUUAAGAUUGCCGAGCUCACGGGCCAUACUUCUCGGGUUUUGUUCAUGGCCCAGAGUCCAGAUGGCGGUACUGUUGCAUCUGCGGCAGGAGAUGAAACAAUUCGAUUUUGGAACGUGUUUGGAACUCCUGAACCACCAAAGCCUGCGGCAAAGUCCACUAGUACAGGACCUUUCAGCAGUUUCAAUCACAUCAGGUGAACGAAGGCUGUCCGCGAAGGGUUCUAAGCGGAAGUUGAACCAAACAAUAUAGCCUCUGCUAUUGCCCAAAUCGAAGAAACGACCAGCAUCUACAGAAAGAUAUGCUGGAGGAUGAAACUGCUUCCAGAACUCCCGGACCUGCUGUUUCUCUCUUGUGAAAGGCACUUGGAUUUGUGAGACUGGCGUAAGUUUUUGCGCAUGGUGGGAGUAACUUGCUCACUCUGCACAUCAUCAUCAUGUUGCCGAACCACUUAAAUCUUUGUCUCGUUCUGUGAUUCUUUUCUACUGUUCUAUUUAUAAUUUAAA